AUGGAAGAAGAGAUGUUUAGUACGAUUGAGGAUGUCAAAAUGAAUGUGAUUGUGGAGAUUUCUGAUCGGAUCAGCCCCAGUCAUCCAAAAAAUGACAAUAUUGAUUUCCCAUCAAAAUUCAAAGGUGUUGUGCCACAGCCAAACGGGCAUUGGGGGGCACAAAUCUAUGCCAACCACCAAAGGGUUUGGCUAGGGACCUUCAAAUCUGAGAUUGAUGCUGCAAUGGCCUAUGACAGUGCAUCCAUCAAGCUUCGUACAGGUGACAACCACAGAAACUUUUCAUGGACCAAUAUCACUGUUCAUGAGCCUAAAUUUCAAAGCUUUCAUAGUACAGAAGCAAUAUUGAACAUGAUCAGAGAUGGAUCCUAUCCAUCCAAAUUUUCAGAUUUUAUGAGGAGCCAAACGGGGGAACAUGAAAUAGGUCACAACCUAAUGAGGAUGCAUGACCAUGCAGGCUUUUCUUGUAAGUUACUUUUUCAAAAAGAACUCACACCAAGUGAUGUAAGUAAGCUAAAUAGGCUUGUUGUCCCAAAGAAAUAUGCAGUUAAGUACUUCCCUCCCAUUGUUGAAAACACCGAAGAAAACACGGAUGGUGGGAAGGUAGAUGAGGUGCAUCUCUUUUUCUAUGAUAGGUCGAUGAGUUUGUGGAAAUUUCGGUAUUGUUACUGGAAAAGUAGCCAGAGUUUUGUCUUCACAAAGGGUUGGAAUAGAUUUGUGAAGGAAAAGGAAUUAAAAGCAAAUGAUAUCAUUGCUUUCUACAUAUGUGAGGGUCAAGAAAAAGCGAAAGAAGCUCAGGCUUUCUAUGUAAUCGAUAUAGGGUACAACGGGGGCGCAAGAACUGAUAGGGUGGUUGAGGGGAUUGGCCAGAAUGUUGAUAUGCAAGUAGAUCUAUGUCACGGGUUGGGACAAUAUUUUGACUGUAGGUUAUUUAGGGAAGAGAAAGAAGAGUUUGGGGAUCAGAAGGUGAUUACAGGACUGGUGGAAGCACCAAAUGUGAAGAAAAGUGUAAGACUUUUUGGUGUUGACAUCAAUUGA